AAGAGACAUUUGAUAUAAAAUCUAUUACCAACAUUCAAAACAAAGAUAAUAAAUGUUUUCAUUGGUCAAUUCUUGAUGCUUUACAUCCAGCGGGAAAAUAUGAAAAUAGGGUAAGCAAAUAUAAAGAAUGUAAUAAUGAAUUUAACGAAAUAUUUAAAAAUUUAAAAAUUGAAUUUUCAGUUAAAUUAAAAGAUAUUACUAAAUUUGAAAAAAAAACAAAUAUGUCCAUUAAUGUGUUUACUUAUGAAGAUAAUAGAAAUAUAUCACCCCUGCAAGUAUGUGAUAUUGAAAAAGAAACUCAUAUUAACUUAUUUUAUCUUAGCGAAAAAAAUAAAGAACAUUAUUGUUUGAUUAAAAAUUUAUCAAGAUUAGUUGUCUCACAAAUAACAAGACAUUGUGGUACAAUUUAUUUAUGUCACAUAUGUUUGUCACAUUUUUCUAGUAAGGAAAAACUAACAGACUAUGAGGAAUAUUGAAGAAAUAAUAAUUAAAUAAAGCAAAUAUUACCGAACAUAUCUGAUCAUAUCUCAAUCUUAUAAAGUUCUUUUCGUCAUUUAUGCAGAUUUCGAAAGUAUACUACCCAAAAUUGAUAAAUACCAACCUUCUGAUACAACUUCUUAUGCAAGAACUGAUCAAAAACAUUUACCUGUUAGUUUUUGUUAUAAUGUUAAAAAUAUUAAUAGUAGUAAAAGUAAUCUAGUAACAUAUUCCUAUAUGUUAUGCUAUAUAACUAUGAGAAGUUGCAGCAAAAGUUUUUUUUAUAAGAAAAUAACAAAGGAAGCCAUUUAUAUUGCAGUUAAUAAAUAAUGAUAAUAAAUACAGAUAAUAAAUAUAUGUAGAAAAACAUAUGGUAAAAACCAAAAAACAAGAAAAUGGAUUUGAAAAAGAAAAUAACUGUCAUAUAUGUGAAAAAUCUUUGAGUGAUUUAGCACCUAUACUUGAGACAAAAUAGAGAAUACUUGAUGAAACUAUUAAUUAUUGGCAAUCUUAUUAUUGUGAUUAUAAUUUAGACUAUUGCCAAUCUAAAAUGUUUGACUUUGCUAAGACAUAUUGGUAUCUUUUAAUAAAAGGAGGACCAAUAGUUUGGGAUAAGAAUUAAAAAGAAGAUUUAGAUUUAGAUUUAGAAGAUAUAGAAAAUAAAAUUGAAUUUUUUAAAAAUCUAUCUGGUUAUGAUGCUCAUUUAUUAAUAAAAGAAUUUGGUAUUGAUAAACAUAAUAUAAAAACAAUUUCAAAUAGUGAAGAAAAUUAUAUAUCAUUAUCAAAUAUACGAUAUGAGAAAAUAGAUUCAAUAACUAAAGGAAAACCUAUUUUUAAAAUAGUUGAAAUAAGAUUUCUUGAUUCUUUCAGGUUCUUAUCUAGUUCUUUAGAAAAUUUAGCUAAUAUUUUAAAACCAUACCAGUUUAAAGAACUAUCUACACAUUAUCCUAUACAAUUAGAUUUAGUAAAAGGAAAAUUAGCGUAUCUUUAUGAUAAUAUGAAUUCUCCAGAUGAAGAAACUCUACGCAAUAUAGAUCAAUUUUACAGCUCUCUUACAGGUGAACAUGUAACACAGAAUGCAUAUGAAAAUGCCAAAAAAAUAUGGGAAACAUUCAAAACAAAAAAUAUGAGAGACUUAACCAUACUUUAUGAUAAAAUAUAUGUAUUAUUACUUACAGAUAUAAUUGGAAAUUAUAGAGCUGUUUCAUUAAGAGAUUUUAAACUGAAUCCUGUUAUACAUUAUUAUACAACACCAGGUUAUACUUAG